AUGCAUGAAUCGAUUACAGCUUAUCUGCGACACAAAUUAGCUGAUCUUCGACACAAAUUAGCUGAUCUUCGACACAAAUUAGCUCAUCUUCGACACAAAUUAGCUGAUCUGCGACACAAAUUAGCUGAUCUUCGACACGAAUUAGCUGAUCUUCGACACAAAUUAGCUGAUCUGCGACACAAAUUAGCUGAUCUUCGACACAAAUUAGCUGAUCUGCAACACAAACUAGCUGAUCUUCGACACGAAUUAGCUGAUCUUCGACACAAAUUAGCUGAUCUGCGACACAAAUUAGCUGAUCUGCGACACACGUUAGAAUUGAUUUAA